AUGGAGAAAGAUCUUUAUGCAUCUUCGGACUCUGCGUUGAAAAGGACAGAUAGUUUUCCCAGAUCCAGUGAUGUACUCAACUCCAGUAAAAGUGAAAAAUCGAGCUCUUCGUCACCAGAUGCUAUUGAUGAAAAUCUCCCUAUACCAACUUCUGGAAUUGGUGGUGGUUUAAGACGAGCACGCUGGACAACUUACAGGAAAAGAGGUCGUCCAAACCUUCAAAAACUACAGAGCAAGAGUGCAGAAAAGCAGAAAGCGGCUCUUGGGAAAAAUAUUUCAAGACAUGAUGAACAAGUAUCUUCGGGAAAGACUGUUUUUUCACGAGAAGCAAAUAGAGUUCCAGUUCGCUCCUUUUCUACACCGUUGCCAUCCUCAACUGGUUCGGCAAUAAAUUCGGUGGAUAAGCCAUUAAGCCGCACUCCAUCGAGUAAACUUCCACCGUUACCUGUUACUAAUGAGAACAAGUCUUUUGCUUUCUCUCAAAAGGGCGGUGUUUCUCCAAAGGCACCAGAAUAUGCUUCAAAGAAUGCAAAUACAUCUUCUAUUUCCUCUGUACCCUCUGUUAAUUCGAAGCACUCUGGUUGGAAAUGGCUGAAGGAGAAAGCAUCAACGCGAAACGAGAAUCAAAAUCAGAAAGGUUCGGAUCAUUUUGAAGAUUCAACAGAAGUUUUCAAUACCGAACCAGCAGCUUCUUCGCUCUCAGGAGGGUAUGUUGAUAAAAAUGCGUUUGAAAGUGAUAAAGCAGCGGGUGAACCUGAUGUUUCGACUUCUUCCACUUUUUCAAGUAUAUUCCAUUUCAGAUCUCGUACUUCUGAUGAUAGCACAUCGCAAUCUGGUAAAUCAUUUAAGGAACUUAAAACGGUAUUUGGAUCGCAUCGUCACCACAAGCAUGAGGAGCCGGUUAAGGAACAAAUACACGAGAAUCCAAAAUUGGAUACAAAUAUUGAUAAUCAUAUCCAUCAAGAGAUGAAUCACGGUUUACAGCCAUAUCCGACCCCGGAGCAAGUUAACGGUCGUUCAGGGUUAUCGUCGAUGAAUGGACAGCAAAGCAGUAAUGCCAGGCAUUCUAAUAAAUAUGAACAUAAUGUUCCUGUUCAAUCUGACCAUACGAAAUCAGAAGUAAUUACAGAUAAUUCAAUGUCAAUAGAAAACGGAGACUCCCCUUAUCAACAGCAAUCUCAAAGAAUUCCUGUUUCAGGUUCGUCAUCUCAGCAAUCUUACGUUGGACCGCAGAAUCAAACUAGCGGUCAGUUUGUUGACCAACGUAAAUUGCCGGAGAAUCUACAAAUGGAAGUGCACCGGCAUCAUCAUCAUCAGAGAAAUAAUGGAGAGCAUAGACAGAAUGUUCAAUAUGGAAGAUAUUCGGAUGAGGAUGUGGGUGAACGUUUUAAUUCUGGAAUGUUAACACAGGAACAAUCCAAGAGGCAGAAGUACCAAAUGCGUGUGCUUCGUCAGCAUCGUCACAGACCUUCUAAAGGACAAAGGAAAGGAGGUCGACCUUCGGACAGGAAGAAUAUUUUACCUAUGCAACAAAGUGAACAACGUCGUUCUGGAACUCGACAGAAGUUAUCAGGAUCUAACAGUAUGAAUGUCUCUCGUUCUUCUAUGCCGAUUUCUCAAUCACAGAAGACGCAAUUGAGCCAGAACGAGAACCACAUUCAAAAUCAAGCUUCUACGGCAAAUGUAGAUGCAUCUGUUAAGAAAGCAGCUAAGGUUGAAGCCAAAGCGAAAAGUCAACUUCCAAUGGUACCUGAGCCAUCGACGGAAGCUCUCAAAAGAAGUCUUAAAGUUUCACGUCAUAACACGAGAGCCAAUCAGCCAUUGGAAAUGCGUGAUUCGGCUUUUGGCUUUCCCUUACCUCCUGUCUCAAAGUCUACGCUUGUCAUGUUGGAUUACAGGUUCCCGAUCCACGUCGAAAGAGCAGUUUACAGACUUUCCCAUCUGAAACUUGCCGACCCAAAGCGGCCACUUUACCAGCAGGUGUUGCUCAGUAACUUCAUGUAUUCAUAUCUUAAUCUGGUGAAUCACACAUUGUAUCUUCAGCAGCAACAACAAGAGCAGAUGUUCCAACAGCAGCAAAGAGAAAUUGGGGCUAAUGAUGACGACUAUGCUCUUUCUGGAAAUGAACAGCAACAAAUAAUGCCGAAUGAGACAGUUAUUUCGGAAUCACAGGAUGGUAUGGUUGCUGGUAGCUAUGGAGUGGCUGUACAGCGGGCGGACAGUCAUUACUGA